AUCGGUCUCAGCGUCGUUUACAUGGAUUCCGUAUGGCCACAUGGCAACAUUUCUCUCCACGUCGCCAGGCACUGGGACCCACGACGUCGCUUCACCGCACCACAAAAUCACACUUCUCUUCGUCCGCAUGAUGGAUCUGCUGCAUUCACAUCCAGAACUCCAUCACGUGGCGCCAGACGAAGCCCUGAUGGAUCGUGUCCAAGCCGCCAUUUCCUCGCACGCGGUGUCGUAUCAACAGUCGCGGCACGUCAUAUUGAUCAUGUGCCCGUCCCCACCGGACCUUGUUGUAUCCUACGCCUCUUACCAAGCUGCGUUUUUGGCCGGCUUGCCUCGGCACAUCGUCGUGGUGGCGGACGUUUUCGCAUACUACGACUCGCCGUCGCCGUAUUACGACCCCGUGUCGGACAAGACGUUGCACAACCCGUACACGACCGCGAUGAGCCACUUGUUGGCGUUGGUGGGCACCCGCCACAUUUGUCGCGUGUUCCGCGCCAUCGCAAAGGUGAUCGUCGUCGAUUGCGACAAUACGCUGUGGUCUGGCGCGGUGUCGGAAGACGGCGUGGAUGGCAUCACGAUCACGCCGUCGCACGCUGCAUUGCAAGCAUACCUGGUCGAGCAAUUUGCAAGAGGGGUGUUGAUUUGCAUAUGCAGCCGCAACGUCCUGGACGAUGUCCGUGCUGCGUUCGUCGCUCGUCGAAUGGACAUGGUGUUGCAGUGGGAUGAGCACGUCUUGCUAGCUCAGGUCAACCACCGCCCGAAAUCGAGCAAUGUCCGCGCCAUGGUCCACAAGCUCAACGUUGGCAUGAACAGCGUCGUGUUUUUGGACGACAGCGCUGUCGAGUGCAAGGACGUUGCCGAGAAUUGUCCAGGCGUCACCGUCGUCCACGUGCCGGUCCCGCUUCCACUUAACUUUCCCUCGACUUGUUGGGCUUUGGAUGCGCCAUUGGGAACCCCAGCCAGCGCUGUCGUCACAGCUGAAGAUGAAAAUCGAACUGCAAUGUACCGCGCGCAACUGCGCUUGACGAGAAACCCUCCACCGAUGUCGCCACGGCUACCGACUUCCGCCGACACAACGACCAGUUCGCUACAGCUGUCGCUGGGGAUGCACAUCGACAUGCAGCUGGUCGACCGAACCAAGACACCGACCUCGAUUCUGUCGCGCCUCGUGCAGCUGUGCCAGCGAACGAACCAGUUCAAUUGCAACACAACGGCGGCGCGAAAAUUCUCGAGUGAAGCAGACGUGCUCGCGUACGACGGUGCCAUCUUAUAUGUCCACGUGACUGAUCGAUUCGGUCAUUAUGGCCUUGUGGGCAUGUUGAUGUGGCGAGAUCGACCGACCGACGCCACGGCAGCAAUUGACGUGUUCCUCUUGAGUUGCCGCGUCCUGAAUCGCGGAAUCGAACAUGCCAUGCUCCAGCACGUCGCUGACACCUCGGGAGCUCAAGUCAACACACUCUUCGUUGUGUUCGAAGACACGGCUCGAAAUGUCCCGGCCAAGACGUUUCUCGAGCACGUGCAUGGAGUUUGCAAAGAGGAGAGAGGGUAUUCGAUGCCUCGGUCGACGGUCCUGGCGCUGCACACCCAGCCCAUCGUGACGACAACCAUUUCGCGAUCAACGACUGCGGCUUCGACAGGGCCACGUGGGGUCCCGACUCGGCAUUUUUCGACGGUCGCCGACUUUUCGGCAUUUUUUAGUCGGGUGUGCCCGACUCCUGCGCCUAUCCCAACUGUUGGAAACGUUCCUGAAGCAGCGUGCAAGUUUCGCCGACAGCAACGCGAGGCCGUGAAAAUGCUUCACCAAGCAACGGAGGCCGCCGCGAUCCCGAUUUGGACCACCAACAACAUGGCAGACCGACAGCCGUGUCCCCAAUGCCGCGUGCACACAGUUGCACGCGCAAGUGCAUGUUCAUUUGAACGGUGCCGAAGCUGCUGCUACAACAUUCAAAAAUGGCUCCAUCGAGCACACGACCAUCCGCACCCGACAGCCCACGCCGCCGCGCUCAAACAAUUGCAACUCGCACAAGUUGAUGCUACAAGCAUGUCCAUGCGGUGCUGCCAGGUCCACAGGAACCCCCGCCGCGCGAACGACAAGUGACCGGACGUCGCGGCAGUAGUAGUAGGUCGGUGCGAUGUGCCUUCGAACGCAAGCGGCCUCCUCCCGUCGAAUUCGAAGGCUAUGUUCC